AUGCCAUACAGUGUUGUUAUUGGCGGUGGUCUGCCCCAUAUUUCGACAGCCAAUUGGUAUACGAGUUCAUCACAACGCAUCGGUCUAUUUCAUAAUUGCAAUGCGACAAUACCAAACACGGGCAAAUGUGUGAAAAAUAUCUUCCAAAAUACAAAUAAAUAUUCCAAUGAUGCCGCCCACAAUUAUCAAGUGGCAUUCAGUAAACGCUUUCGUGCAAGUGGACCAUUGGCUAUUGUCGCUGUAAUACUUCAGAUGACUGCAAUUGCUCUAAGCAUUUAUAGUUCAGUACUUUCCCUACCAGGUUCAUCGUUGACAUGUUGGAUAUUGCCUGGUGUGCAGUUUGUGAUAUCACUGUUUAUGUUAGCUACAAUAGCUGAAGCAUCACAUGGUAUCAAUCUGAAUGGUGAUAGUUCAAUUAUUUAUGAAUCAGCAUUUGUGCUCACAAUAUCAUCAACACUACUGGCAUUAAUGGCAGCCGAUAGAAUUUAUAGAUUAAGUAUAUAA